AUGUAUUACUUACAAGUAUGUGUGUUGCUGAUUCUUCCUUGUAACCUUUUGGCCGAUUCCUCCAGAUCUUCAAAUGAAACCGUUCAAGCUUUUAUUGAUAUGGUCCUGAGUAACAUUACGGCAGGUAGCAAUUACGUUUUACCCAUCAACAAUUCAAAGCUGACUUACGUUUCUCCCUUGCAAGAAGAUAUAAUAGUCGAUUUUGGGAACUUCGACUUUAUCAUAGUCGGUGCUGGUUCAGCGGGUAGCCUUUUGGCCAAUAGAUUGACCGAGGUCGAAGAAUGGAACGUUCUUUUGCUAGAGGCUGGAGGUCUAGAAAACGACUUCAACGAUGAAGAUGCUGAAACCAUGCUCAAAGCCGUUAAAGAAUCACUAAAACUUCUGAAAACUGAUGCUUUCAAGUCCGUCAAUGCCACAUACGCUUCAACGUAUAAGAUUUGCACCAAUUAUACUGAAGGGACAGACGACUACUGGCGUUGUAUGAUCGAAUACCUGACCACUACUCUCUAUCAUCCUGUUGGAACUACGAGAAUGGGUAAAUCAAGCAAUGAUUCCGUGGUAAGCUCGAAACUGUUUGUGCACGGUAUGAACAGAUUGAGAGUAGUGGAUGCUGGGGUUAUGCCCAAAAUACCAUCCGGAAAUACCAAUGCACCAACCUACAUGAUUGCAGAAAAAGCUGCAGAUGAAAUAAAAAGGUAUUGGAAACGAAGACUAACACUUUUCACACAUGUUUCCGAUAAAACGAUUUAA